AUGUCAAAGCAUAUCAAGAAACAAAAUUUUUCUAGUUCACCCUCACAACUAACACGAUCAACAGAAUUAAUACAACCAACAGAACCUCUACCAUCUUCUUCAACUUUUUCAAUUAACGAAACUACUUCUACCACCACGGAUUCAAAUCAUACCGGAUCUUUGGCUAGCUAUCUUGAAAAGAAUUACGGUUCUUCAAUUCAACACCAAAAUUUCAUCAAACAGUCUAUUACCUACUCUUUACCCCAAACCACACAUGUCGAUCAGUUUUUAGGAUGUUCUCCAAUCGAAGAUUAUGAAUUGGCCGAUAAAUUGGGAGAAGGAACUUUUGGUGAAGUUCACAAAGGUGUUCAUAAAAAAACCAAAAAAAUAGUAGCAUUAAAAAGAAUUCUAAUGCACAAUGAAAAAGAAGGAAUCCCAUUGACAGCAAUACGUGAGAUAAAGAUCCUCCAUCAACUAAGUCAUCCAAAUAUUGUCACUCUUUCCGAUAUGGCUAUUUCUUACAACCACGAAGUUCAAGGAACUUCACCAAUUUAUAUGGUUUUCCCUUACAUGGACCAUGAUUUAGCUGGACUUAUUGAAAACAAGAGUGUAAUUUUUUCUGUUCCUCAAAUAAAAUGUUAUAUGAAACAACUACUUGAAGGAACCCUUUACCUCCAUCAACAAAAUAUAAUCCAUCGUGAUUUAAAAGCAGCAAAUCUGUUGAUCGAUAACACUGGAAUAUUAAAAAUUGCAGAUUUUGGUUUAUCGAGGCCCGUAAAAAACAAGGCUUUGACUCCUUGUGUGGUCACUCGUGGUUUUAAUAAUAGUUGGAAGGCCCAUUCAGAAGAAGUUUUAUCUGGGAGUGCUUGGGAAUGA